GUGCGGUGCGCCCCUUCGCGGGGCUGAGCGGCGAGUGGGAGCGCGGGGCCCAACUACGGGAACCGGGAGAGCGAGCAACGGCAACCAGAGCAGUGGGCGGGGCUUCAGGUCCGGAGUGGGGGAGGGACUGUGUUGGCCUCGCGAAUGAAAGAGUAGAUGUAUGCCAUGGCAUUAAGGUGUCUCCGUCAGCUACCUCCCCUGCUUCAUAAUUCUCUCUCAGGACUAGUAAGGCCACCCCUGCAAGUACCUUUGAGGCAUACAGCUCUGAUGCUGAAUGGCUGCAGGCAGUGUGUGGUCCACCAGACAAUGCUGACCAGACAUCUAGCUACCAAGAAAGCCAAAGCUAAAAGUAAAGGGGAGACCCAAGCCAGAGUGAAUAUCAAUGCUGCCUUAGUUGAAGAUAUUAUCAGUCUAGGGGAGGUAAAUGGUGAAAUGCAGGCAGUGGUGGAAGUCCUUAAGGAAGAAUUUGGGAAAAAUCUCAAUAUAAGAACCUCACCAGGUGCUCUUGAUCAUAUAACCGUGACAACAAAAGAUGGAAAGUUUCCAUUAAACCAGCUUGGACAAAUCUCGCUGAAAUCUCCUCAGCUCAUUGUAGUAAAUAUGGCUAGUUUUCCAGAGAAUACAGCUGCAGCUAUCAAGGCUAUAAGGGAGAGUGGAAUGAACCUGAACCCGGAAGUAGAUGGGAUAAUAAUUCGGGUGCCAGUUCCUAAGGUAACAAGAGAACACCGUGAAAACCUGGCCAAACUCGCCAAACAGCUUACGAACAAGGCUAAGGACUCCUUGCGAAAGGUCCGGAGUAACGCUGUGAACCACGUGAAGAAGGCCAAGAGCACAGUGUCUGAAGACACCAUUAAGCUGGUAGAAAAGCAGAUCCAGCAAAUGGCAGACGACACUGCAGCAGAGAUGGACAAGCUCCUGGCAGGGAAAACCAAGGAGCUCCUCGGCUGAGUGCAGCUUGGACAGACACACAGUCAGCAGUGACUGGACUGAGACACCCGCAGACCAAAUGUUCCAUGCUUGGCCGUAGCAGCUUAGUGUGACUGGCAGGGCGGACUGGGUCCUACCUCACGAGUAGAGUUAUGCUGUGAUUACUCAGGGAAUUGGCCCAUGAUCAGUGUUGGGGGUGGGGGGAAAAUCUAGUCUGUAUUUCAUUGAUUCAAGCAAUGACAACUGAAUUUGGAUAAAAUAAGGUUAAGAGGAACUGAGGAAUGGCUCUUAGUUGUCAACCUUCACCAUGGCAGCAGCCUCUCUCUGCCAAUGGCAUUAAAGCACUGAGCGGUGGGGUGCUCAGAUUAGUGAAUGUUUGUCCCCUUUGCAGAUCUCUUUCUUACACUUCCUGCCAUGAAAUUCCCACUUAGGGCCUGUCUACACGAGGGUCAGUUUCUCUGGUGUAACUAUAUCAGUGUUGCUAACCAGGUAUAGACGGGGCCUUCAAGUCAAUAGCAGCAAACAGGGCCACCCGGCCAUUCUGCAGGUGUCUCCCCCAGGCGGCUUGGCUGAAACUCAUGCAUUGGACAAGGGCACUGCAUCGAUUUGUCCCAAUGGAACAGGAGUGCUCAAAAAACAGGGCUUUCACUAGCUAGAGUCCAGCCACGCUGAGCAGAAGGGUGGUCUCGCAGGAUCCUCCUUUCAGAGAAGGCCCCGUGUACCUCUCAAUUCUGAAGGCUCUGCCUAGAGCCUUCCCAGGGUUUCCAGCUACCCCUAACCAUAAUGCUGGGGGAAGAAAAGGAAGCGAUCAAGGGAAACUCACAUGUUCAUUGCCCUGCUGUGAACCAGGUCAUUUGUUUUCAGCUAAAAUAAAAUCAAACAGAGAUGUUAAAAAACAGA